AUGGAGGGUAAUUUGCUAGACAGUCUCCUUAACUUGGAGGAAGACUUUUACAAAGAAGGCUAUAAUCUAGGCGAGGCUGAUGGUGCCAAAGCUGGUUAUACAGAAGGCAGCGUCUUCGCUGUCGAAAAAGGCUUUGAAAAGUUCAUCGAGAUGGGCAGACUGUAUGGCAAAGCCCUAGUCUGGGCUCAAAGACUCGCAGAUUCCAAUGCAUCCAAUAUGUCAGUCCUGGAAAACAACACUGGAGAUGUUUCUUCUUCAGCAAUUCCUCGGCUUCCUGGUGGACAAGCGGGCCUCUCCUUGAGUCCUUCUGCCUGUACGGAGAUGUCGACUCUUCCACCCAGUUCAUCUCGGCUGGCCAAGAACAUCGGCAUCCUCCUCGAACUAGUCGAUCCUGCAUCUCUUAGCAUGCAGAACACAGAGGAAGCUGUGACAGAUGUUGACGAACGGUUGAAGGGGGCUCUAAUCAAAGCUAAACUCAUCCAACGCGCCCUGGGCGAACGCGAGGACACGGCAGAUAUUCAUCCUGAUGCUCAAGAUACCAAACCGUCUGGAGAUGGGACGGGCAGCAUCGAAGACAUUAGUGCUUUGAAUAUCCGCCAUUGA